AUGCCUACCCCAAUCACAUACUACAACGUCGAGCUCGUCCAGUUUUGGCGAGGCCGAAACGAGCGCGGACUGGCCAAUCCCCUCCAUUGGGCAAUCCAUGUCCCAACCGGUCAUGGAAUCGGGAACACAUACCACCUCUUGGGAGACUCCGAAACGUACACCGUAGAGUACAGGCGCCAGCGGCCACACGUCGAACCCAGUGCCUGGCGCGGAAGCUUCAAAGUUGGAAGAGUAGCUGCGCACCGGCUCGGCGAGUUCGAAAGGGAUAUCUCAAGGGUUCAUAUCAUAUGGGACGACCCCGCAUGGAACUCCCAGAAUUGGGUGUGGGACGUUCUCCGUCAUCUCCGACACAGAGGUUUUGACAUCAGCUGGGAGCUUUACCUUGGGAUGCUUCAAACGCAGAUGUGCUGCCUUGUGGAGGCCUGGGAAUACGGCCACAUUAAUCUUUAG